AUGGCAAUCAAAAAGCAGCUUCCUCAUUUUGUAUUGAUCCCUUUCAUGGCACAAGGCCACAUGAUUCCUAUGGUGGACAUUGCCAGAUUGUUGGCACGGCGAGGAGUUGUCGUAACCAUUUUCACUACACCUGUUAAUGCUAAGAGAUUUGAUUCGGUGCUUGCACGAGCGAUGGAUGCUGGGUUGCCAAUCCGUGUCAUUCAACUUGAUUUUCCGGCUGCGGAGGUCGGACUACCAGAAGGGUGCGAGUGUUUUGAUUUGCUUCCUUCUGUCGAUCAGUUUGCGCAGUUCUUUGCAGCUUGUAAGAUGCUAAAACCUUCAGUUGAAGAAAAACUGAAAGAGCUCAACCCUUCCCCAAGCUGCAUUCUUGCUGACAUGUGUCACCCCUGGGCUAAUCAGGUUGCUGAAAAGUUUGGUGUUCCGAGGCUUAUGUUCCACGGAUUUUGCUGCUUCUCACUCCUGUGUCUGCAUAAUUUGUCGACGUCCAAGGAGAUGGACGAUGUAACUUCUGAUUCUGAGUACUUUGUGGUGCCUGAUCUGCCUCAUCGAAUUGAAUUGACUAGAGCUCAGGUUGGGGGCUUAGCCAGACCGCUGGUACCUGACUGGAAAGAUAUUCAAGAUGAAAUGAGAGAAGCGGAAAACGGAGCCUUUGGUGUUGUUAUCAAUACCUUUGAGGAGCUGGAACCAGAUUACAUCCCACAGUACAAGAAGGCUAAAGCUAAGAAGGUCUGGUGCAUAGGUCCGGUUAACCUGUGUAACAAAGACAAGUUAGACAUAGCUGAAAGAGGGAACAAGGCAUCUAUCAACGAACACCAGUGCCUAAAAUGGCUCGAUUCUCAGGAGGUAAACUCAGUUAUUUACGCCUGUUUGGGAAGCAUAACUCGCCUGUCAACAUCACAGUUGAUAGAACUUGGAUUAGGUUUAGAAGAAUCCAACCGACCCUUCAUAUGGGUGAUCAGGGAUCCAUCUGCCGAGUUCCAGAAAUGGCUCCUGGAAGAGAAAUUUGAACAAAGGCUCCACGGGAGAGGCUUUUUAAUCCACGGCUGGGCGCCACAAGUUCUAAUACUGUCCCAUCCAUCAGUUGGAGGGUUCCUGACACAUUGCGGGUGGAACUCAACAAUAGAAGGAAUAUGCUCAGGUGUGCCUAUGAUCACAUGGCCAAUGUUCGCGGACCAAUUUAUUAAUGAGAAGCUAGUUGUAAAUGUACUGAAAACAGGAGUGAAAGCUGGAAUGGAAAUUCCAGUUUUCAUCGGACAAGAAGAAACAGCUGGCGUGCAAGUAACGAGAAAUGACACUAAAAUGGCAAUUGAUAAGCUGAUGGAUGAAGGAGAGGAAGGACAGGUGAGACGUGCGCGAGCUCAGGAACUGGGAAAGGUAGCACAAAAGGCACUAGACGCAGGGGGUUCCUCGCACCAGAAUAUUACGCAGCUAAUCCAAGACCUCACAGAGAAAGUUCACUUAGAAAGUCAACCUAUGAGCAUCAUAGUAGAUUCAUAG